AACCAACUAAUGGCGGACAAUUUAAAAUCCACAGGUUUUAACUUUACUUUCGUUUUCCCGUAUUUUCGGAAAACCCGGUUAUAAAUAACUGACAUAUUUACUUUACUUUCGUUUUCUUGUAUUUUCGGAAAACCUGGUUAUAAAUAACUGACAUAUUUCCUUUACUUUCGUUUUAUCGUAUUUUCGGAAAAUCUGGUUAUAAAUAACUGACGUAUUAUCUGAAAAUGUUAUAUGGGAUUUACGUGAUAUUUUCUGAAAAAUGGUCGUAUUUUGCAACACAAACCUAACUGAUUAACACCAGAACAUUCUUUGCUACUUUAUAUUGCUGACUUAUAAUACAUACAACGAUAGAACAGAAACAAGGAAAACGAUUACAAUGGAUAAAAAUACAACAGCAGACCUGUUAAAAGAUUUGACGGAAUUAACAACCCAUUUAAAAGAUAAUUACAAAGACGAUUUUGUAUGUCAAGAAUGGACUACAACAUUCAGUUCAAAAUAUUACAAGAAAUUGGUUGAUACAUGUAAGCCAACAAAGCAACAAACAAGGAGUACGUUAAAAGAAAAGCUUAAAGAAGAAAUUACGAAAUCAUUCGGACAAGAGGAGGUUUUAGAAAAUUUUAAUGUGGAUAUUUCAAGCGAGGACAAAUGUAUUGAAAGCAUUAGAAAUUUAGACAAGCAGAUAUACAGAAACAAACGGAAUAUUGUUUAUUGUACACAUCAGAUUGGAUUUAUUAUUAAAAAUUUAAAAUCAGUUUGCCCAAAGGAUUGUGAUCUGGGACUUUAUUUUCAUCUCAGAGGUGUACAUUACACAGAUUCCUACUGUCGAAACCUGGCUUUAGUUUAUGAAUUAAUUGAGAAACAUAAGAAUUUAUUGAAGUGUGCUUUAAACACUGGAACUUUAAUCAAAAAUAGGAAAUUAAUCGAAGAAAUAUGUACAGAGUUGAAUUGGUAACAAAAUCAGCUUUUAACAGUAGGAAUCUAUAUAAGGAUUCCAAGUAUAAUGUUCACAUUUAUUUAUAGUAACGUUUACACUGUAAACGCACGUCACUUCCGUUCAAGUAUUUUUAACAUUAGUGGAAUUUCCAUGUACAAUGUUCACAUUUAUUUAUAGUAACGUUUACACUGUAAACGCACGUCACUUCCGUUCAAUUUUAUUUUUAACAUUAGUGGAAUUUCUAUUUAUCUAUACAUUUAUUUAUAGUAACGUUUACACUGUAAACGCACGUCACUUCCGUUCAAUUUUAUUUUUAACAUUAGUGGAAUUUCUAUAUAUCUAUACAUUUAUUUAUAGUAACGUUUACACUGUAAACGCACGUCACUUCCGUAUACCAUGUUCAAUUUUAUUUUUAACAUUAGUGGAAUUUCUAUAUAUCUAUACAUUUAUUUAUAGUAACGUUUACACUGUAAACGCACGUCACUUCCGUUCAAGUUUAUUUUUAUAUAUCUAUACUUCUAUUUAUAGUAACGUUUACAGUGUAAACGCACGUCACUUCCGUAUACGCUUUUGGGAGUAGUAUGGAAUAUAACGCUUAUGAUACAUUUUUGUUAGUAGUAAAGAAUAUUACGUUCUUGAUACAUUUUAAUACAUUUUAACUCAUUUUAUUAAAAUAAUU